GGGGGCGGCACCGCGGCCGGGCUUUGUCGCGGCCGUUGCCGCAGGCGCGCCAUUAUCGCGGUGACUGGUGACCGCGCGUCGCCGCCUCCGAUCCCCGCCGCUUUAUAUAGCUCGAGACACCUCCCCUUCCUCCUCACCUUUCACUGCUCCGGCCGUGUUCUUGAGCCUUGAUCUCGCCGCCUCUCCACUGAUCUCCGUCCCCUUUAAUAAGAAGAAGACUCGGCGACAUGGCCGUGCAAGCGCAGUUCGGCGGCCUCGCCGGCUGCUUGCCGCCCUACGCGGCGGCGGCGGCGGAUUGCUUGGCCGACGAGAAGGUGCGCGCGCUCCUGUCCGCCGCCGCCGCGGGCAACAAGGCGUGCCAGUACGCCUGCGCGGCCGGCGUGGUCAGCGGCGCGCAGAGCGACCUGACGUGCAACGGCGGCGGGGUGGCGUUGCCGUCGCGGAAGCGCGGCAGGGAGGAUGCGUUCUUCGAUCAGUACGUGGCUUCCUCGUCGGCGGCGCUGCUGCCGAUCCCGGGGAUGCAGAGGGCCGCCGUGGCACAGCACCACUCGCCCGCGCCGGCGGCAGUCGCGGCCCGGAUGGCGGAUUCUUCCGCGACGGCGUCGACGAGCGGGCGGGCGGCCGCCGCCACCGCAUCGUCGGCGGACGCGCUGGUGGCGGAGCUGUGCCGGCAGGGCGCGGCGGAGGUGGACGCGGUGGUGCGCGCCGAGUGCGAGCGGCUGCGCGCCGGGCUGGAGCAGGCGCGGAAGCGGCAGCGCCAGGCGCUGGCGCGAGCCGCCGCGGCGGGCGCGGCGCGCGCGCUGCGGGAGAAGGAGGCCGAGCUGGGCGCCGCGCGCCGCCGCGCCGCGGAGCUCGAGGAGCGGCUCCGGCAGGCGGCCGUCGAGAGCCAGGCGUGGUGCGGCCUGGCGCGCAGCAACGAGGCCGCCGCCACGGGGCUCCGCGCCGCGCUCGACACCCUCCACCUCCGCGGCGCCGGUGCCGGAGUUGCCCCGGCACAGCCCGCCGUGGAGGAGGGCUUCGGCGACUCCGGCGCCGGCCUCGCCGGCGCGGCGGCGGACGACGCGGAGUCCCACUGCUCCGUCGAGGCCGAGGCCGCCGGCGCGGGCGCGGACGCGUCGUCCCCUGCGGCGAGCAGGUGGGCGUGCAGGGCGUGCGGCGGCGGCGAGGCGUCGGUGCUGCUGCUGCCGUGCCGGCACCUGUGCCUGUGCAAGGCGUGCGAGCCCCGGGCGGACGCGUGCCCCGUCUGCCUGGCGCCCAAGAACGCGGCCAUCCACGUCGCCGCCAACUGACCGCGUCAUCCGCCGCCGCCGUCGUCCACGGCGCGCGAGCGAGCCGGCUCCGGCGAUCUCGCCACCAGCUAACCUCCAGCCGAGAAAUUCAAGCAGUCCGUAGAUUAGGCCGGUUGACUUGAUCCCGUUCGUUCCGUUCUUUUGGUGAAUAUUGAAGGGUUGAGACGAAUAUCUAGCCUAGUUCUGAUGUAAAAGAGAUUUUUCUUUUUCUUUUGUGAAAGAGAUCAACAUCUUUUUUUUUUUGCCGGCUACAAUUACUGUUACAGUUGCAUUUUUCCGUCCGGAUGCAAUGCCUCCCUCUCGUUGCCCUCUGCU